GUGUCAUAUGACUAGAAGUGUUUUAUCAGGACCUCGAGACAGGCUCAGUGGACACCUGCCUCUUCUUCCACACGGUCGACUGAUCGCUCGGGCACCACAUACUGUUUUACACAGGUGCAGAGGUGACAUCAGCUGAAGUCCCCAUAGAAGUGACAUCAACUAAGGGCCCCAGAGAAGUGACAUCAACUAAGGGCCCCCAAAGAAGUGACAUCAACUAAGGUCCCCAGAGAAGUGACAUCAACUAAGGGCCCCCCAGAGAAGUGACAUCAACUAAGGGCUCCCAGAGAAGUGACAUCAACUAAGGGUCAAGAGAGUGUAGGAGGUCCUCACUAUGGUCUCUCUGUGGCUGGUGGUGUGGGUAGUGGCAGUCUCCUCGCUCGCCUCCCUGACUACUGCAACCCAAGAAGAGAACUCUCCCCAGUUUCCGUCAACAACCAUAGACUUGAAAGAGAUCCGCCAGGUCAACAGAAAGGACGACCCUCAAGGAAUCAAGCAGAAUAUACGGGUGGUGAUACAGCCUAAUGAAAGCAUACCAGCUUACACAACAUGGACGCUAUAUUCUAAAAAUUCCACAAACUUUGUGGUUUAUAAUUCCAUAACUUUAGUCAAUGAAACAUGUCCACCAGGUGAAGAGACGACCAUUGAAUUUGAAGGCACUUUUGUUCCUUCCAACAUUACCAUUUUACACGUAACAAACAAUUUGACCAGGGAUGAUGUGGCUUUCUAUUAUGCAGUGGUCGACAUAGAAGAUCUGGGAACAAGAGUGGCGUGGGUCGGGACAAGCGAUGAUGAAGUGAGUUACCUUCGCGUGGAGACUGGAACUUUAGAUAAUGUGCCUGUAAAAGACAAGGUAGUAUGUAAUCAAGAAGACAGCCCUUGUUAUUAUCCCAGGACGGACCUAAUGGAUGACCUUCAAAUACCCAGAUGCAAGGACCUCACUGCCGGCGACAAGACCAUCAAGCAUUGUGAUGAUGUUAUCGGUCAAUCUCAGGAAAUGGCUGACACCCCAACACUGUUACUGCAGCAGGAGGUAAAAGCCCUGGGUGUGACCUACAAAUCAAAUGCUUCUUCAGUACAAGUCAUUGUUUCUAAGCCGGAAGACAAGAACAUUUUGUCUCAGAUUGAUUGCGUGACAGAGGGGGAGGACCCACAAAGCUGCAAGGCAACACUAAGCGAUGAGGAUUAUAAACAGGAUGUGAUCAAUAACAUGGUAGUCCUGUUGAAUAGUGAUGGCUAUGUGACAGAGGCUGCCAUGGUCCGUUUUGAAGUGUAUAAGAUAUCAACGGCGAAACUCACUGGUGAUGCUGCGUUGGUUGUUUGGAGACAUGGCACCGAGGGUACCUACAUUGUCAGUGCCUCCACCACCAAAGAGGAGACGAAGGUGACCAUCAAUUGCCCGGCUAGCACUGAUGGCACUUGCCGGGGACACGUAGUCAAUGUAGACUUAUCAGAGGUUCCGAUGGUCAGUGUAGAGAAGAACGACACCAGUAACAGUGUCCAGUCAACAAAAAUUACUGAUACAACUCCACAGAAGAAUAAGGUGACGAAGUUGACGCAAAUAAUCGACACAGAACAGACAACUAAGUCGGCGAUCACGAUGGCGUCCCACUCUGAAGGCAUCACCAAAGUCACCGUGGCUAAAUUAAUCCUGGUAAAUCAGGGAGACUCUCGAACGUACAGGGAAACUUACUAUGAGGGAAAAGUAAAGGACGAUGGUGAGUUUAGAUUUGAGUUCGACGAUGAUAUAUUGGACGGUGAGGGAACUACUACGAUGGAUUUUCUUGCUAUUGGCUACAAGGAAGAUGGUGAUGUUGGGGUUGUUGGUCCCGCUUACAUCACAUUACAAGCCAUCAACAUCGAGGAUAUGGCUUGGGUUGACAGUACAAGCACGACACUACGAGUUGCCACCAAUAACACCGAAGACCUGACUGUAGGCAACAAACCCGACAACAAGUGUAACAGUACUGUGAGCCCCUGUUACUUCGAGGAUGAUGCCAGUUUGACUAAGCUUUUGUCUCUGUGUCUCAGUCUUAAGAACAACAUUCCUGGCGACACAGUAGAAACAGUUCAGCAAUGCAAGGAGCAGCAACCCACGAAUUUUAAGGAACUGGUCAACUCUGUAAAUCUGACCUUAAAUGAACAAGAGACCCAGAAUACCAUGGAAGUCCGAACAGAAUGCACCAAAGAAGCGAAGACCCUUGAGGUGGUGGCGCCUGGCAAUGAUAUAAAAGACUGUCCACUUGACCUUCCAACUCCUUGUGAAGUAGAAUUAAACUCCCAUCCUCCAGCCUUCUCUGUGUUCGUGGUGUGCCUUCAGGAUGAUGAAGUAGUGUUGGAGUCGAAAAAGGAAACAUUCCAAGACCUGCAAGUGGAAACAAAACAGCUUACUAAGGACCUACUAGAGGUGCGCUGGAUCACUCCCAACCCAGAGAGCUAUAAAGCAACUGUCCAAGCAACAGAAGCAUUACUUAUCAACAACAACAGUCCUCCUUUGAGCAGGGACGCCAUACCUGCUACUGAAGUGAGUUGUAACGAAAAGAAUAUGAACUGUGUGGCUCACUUCCUGCUUGGGACGAUCUCCUCCUACACUGUCACGGUGCAGAGAAAAGGCGACAGCAGCCAUAUUAUAACAAAGGCCGGCGACAUGGACUCCUCAUUCGAACCUCACACGAGCAUUGUCACCAAGGUGAGCAAGAUUGAUGAUGGCACCACUAGAGUGAGCCUUGCAGCGCCCCUUCAGGAGGAUACGAGCAGUGUGCAGCUGUCUGUGGUGAAGGAAAGUGACAUUACAGUGGAGGUCACCUGUAAAGAUGGUAAAAUGGUCCCUAACUCAUCCUCCACAUAUGAAUUCACCCACCAAGACCCGGUAUUUAUCCCAGGGAUGCUGACCAAAUUCUUCUUGGUUGCUCGAGGUCCUGAAGAUGCAUUACAGUCUGUGGGCCAGGUCUACCUGAUGGUGGAAGCCAUCAACAUCGAGGAUAUGGCUUGGGUUGACAGUACAAGCACGACACUACGAGUUGCCACCAAUAACACCGAAGACCUGACUGUAGGCAACAAACCCGACAACAAGUGUAACAGUACUGUGAGCCCCUGUUACUUCGAGGAUGAUGCCAGUUUGACUAAGCUUUUGUCUCUGUGUCUCAGUCUUAAGAACAACAUUCCCGGCGACACAGUAGAAACAGUUCAGCAAUGUAUGGAACAGCAACCCACGAAUUUUAAGGAACUGGUCAACCCUGUACAUCUGAACUUAAAUGAACAAAAGACCCAGAAUACCAUGGUUGUCCGAACAGAAUGCACCAAAGAAGCGAAGACCCUUGAGGUGGUGGCGCCUGGCAAUGAUAUAAAAGACUGUCCACUUGACCCUCCAACUCCUUGUGAAGUAGAAUUAAACUCCCAUCCUCCAGCCUUCUCUGUGUUCGUGGUGUGCCUUCAGGAUGAUGAAGUAGUGUUGGAGUCGAAAAAGGAAACAUUCCAAGACCUGCAAGUGGAAACAAAACAGCUUACUAAGGACCUACUAGAGGUGCGCUGGAUCACUCCCAACCCAGAGAGCUAUAAAGCAACUGUCCAAGCAACAGAAGCAUUACUUAUCAACAACAACAGUCCUCCUUUGAGCAGGGACGCCAUACCUGCUACUGAAGUGAGUUGUAACGAAAAGAAUAUGAACUGUGUGGCUCACUUCCUGGUUGGGACGAUCUCCUCCUACACUGUCACGGUGCAGAGAAAAGGCGACAGCAGCCAUAUUAUAACAAAGGCCGGCGACAUGGACUCCUCAUUCGAACCUCACACGAGCAUUGUCACCAAGGUGAGCAAGAUUGAUGAUGGCACCACUAGAGUGAGCCUUGCAGCGGCCCUUCAGGAGGAUACGAGCAGUGUGCAGCUGUCUGUGGUGAAGGAAAGUGACAUUACAGUGGAGGCCACCUGUAAAGAUGGUAAAAUGGUCCCUAACUCAUCCUCCACCUAUGAAUUCACCCACCAAGACCCGGUGUUUAUCCCAGGGAUGCUGACCAAAUUCUUCUUGGUUGCUCGAGGUCGUGAAGAUGCAUUACAGUCUGUGGGCCAGGUCUACCUGAUGGUGGAAGAGUUGAACGACAAUCUGGAUUGGGUGGGAGCUGAGAAGCAUAACACUAGCGCCUCCCUGCGGAUAUCUCCCUUUGACGCCGAGUAUCAUCUCCCCGAUAAAAAUAAGAUCUGCUUGAAGGGUAACACCACCUGCUACUUCCUGCAGGAGGGAGGACAGUCGAAUUUGAACCUGGAGCGGUGCAAGACGUUGGACAACACAGCCUCAGAGGUUCCCACCAAAGUGGAUGAGUGUGAUGAGAAUGUCACCCCAUUCAAAGAGUUCUCAUCACAUGUGUCCGUGACAGUGGAAAGUGGUAAAGUCAAUGUGAUCCUGAUCACCGAUGACAGUAAUAGCAGUUCACUAGAGGUCAUCGCCUAUGACCCCAAUGACCCCUCCACUGUGUACACAACUGAAAACAAUGUACCCUGUAUUAUUAACAAGGAUAGUCACGUUUGUACUCGAACGAUUAAGAACUCAGGCUACAGUAAACCUGUGAACGUGCUAGUGGUGUCUUUUGAUGAGAACGGUGCUGUGAAAGAGUCAGCACUCCUCAUAUCCUACUUCCCAGGAGCGCCACCAACAACAACUCCUAACUGGGUCAUCGUUGUGUCAGUCCUCGGCUCCGUCUUCGGCCUGGCCUUCAUCGCCUUUAUAACCAUCUUUGUCGUAAAGAAGAAGCGGGCACACAAAGAAGUGCAGCGGGAGAUACAACUGGCAUACGAGAAAGAGAGCACCAGUGGAAGGGAUAACGAAGCAUACCCAUCACCCAGGGACUCUCCCAUAUUUAUCAUGCCCAGAGACGCUCCACGCAUUUCCUCACGUGCAUCCCCAUCAAUGCGGGCCAGGGAGGAGCCACGCACCUCAUAUCAGCCAUCCUCCCAUCAACAAGCAGGGGACGAGGAGUAUCAUUCGCCAGACCACAAAUUCCAAAAGCAACGCGAUUCAGUGGCGCCACAACCAGGUAAUGGUGACUCACGCUUUCGACCGCAAGGGCGUCUACCAGUAGUCCGCGUAAGGCCAACACCGCCACCAAAACCCUCUCCAUCUACGUCUUAUGGAAGAACGGAUUUCUAAUGCAUCUGAAGACUCGUGAACUAAUAUUAAGACAGCUUCUGGAACUUCGUGAUGUACUAUGAACCUACAGCCGGGCAUACUAUAUACCCCUCCCUGAAGUCUCCGAAACAGUUGCCCAAACUUUUAGAAGUUACAGUUUUAUGGCUGCUGUCUCAGUUGUUUGUUCCAGUGUCCAUUUUUUAAACAUUUAAGUCUGUGUGUGUGUUAAAGCAUUAUCAAACUCUGUAAUACCUUAGCUCAUGAUUAUAUACAGUACAGUAUAAAGACGUUCUAGUAGCAGCUUUUUGGUGUUCAUGAUUAAAGGUUGACCCAACUAUGAGCAUCUACACACUACUGUACACAACAACCUUGAUGUUAUCAGUGUCCAGCCAGUUACCAAAUGACUUGUUCAUCAAUCAGGUUAAUUACAAAAGACGUUGUUGUUAUAUUAAAGUUGGAGUUACUGUAAAAGUACGUUUUAAAAAAAUGAUUAUGGUCAUUGUAAUUUUGUUAUUGUAUUAAUUGUGGCAGACAACACUGUACCCUCAGGAAUGACGUCAUCACAGCUUUUUAACUUACACAUCCUCACAUAUGGUGUUUGGUUGUACUGUACAGUACAUACCUAAUGCUUAUAUAAGACUUUCUGUAUUGUGCAAGUUAAAAUUUUAUCCAGGAAUCCUGGAAUUUUCUAGCAAAAUAAAAGUAGAUAGUACUGUAUAAAUAUCAUCCAUGAUAUGCUAUAACAAAAUAAUAUAUAUAUA